AUGGGGAACAAAAACAGCCGAAUCAGUGACUUGAUCUUACGUGCCCUUGAUCACCUUUCUCAGGAAGACUUCAAAAGGUUUAAAGACAAACUCUCCUAUUCUGACUUUAAUGGAAAGGGCUUUGUUCCCAAAAGUCAACUAGAGAACGCAGACAGAGUGGAUACUAAGAAUUUUCUGAUCAAGUGUUGUGGUGGGGAUGAUGCAAUAGAUACAACCAUACAAAUCCUCACAGAAAUUAAUCAAAAAGGAUCUGCUGCUAAACUCAGAGAGGAAAGAGAAAAAGAUUACAGGAUGAAGUACAGAGAAUACGUAUGGGAAGAAUAUCAAGUAAUACAAGACAAAAAUGCACGCCUCGGCGAGUGGGUGAACCUUAGCAGAAGAUACACCCAACUUUUGAUUAUUCAGAAACAUCGUUUAUUAGCAGAGAAAGAGCAUGAAAUUAUGUCCACAGGAAAGAAACAUGCCAACAUAAUGGCUAAGCAAGCCAGCCCAUGUUGGAUUGGGAACUUAUUUGAUCCUGAUGAUAGCAGAGAAAACCCAAGAACUGUAGUGCUCCAGGGACCUGCUGGGAUUGGGAAAACAAUGACAGCAAGAAAGAUUAUGUUAGACUGGGCAGUUGGAAAACUCUACCAAGGCAAAUUUGAUUAUGCUUUCUACAUCAACUGCAGAGAAAUGAACUUGGUUACCAAGCAGCAGAGUCUGGCUGAUUUAAUCUUUGGUAACUGCCCUGAGAGAAAUGCUCCAAUUAAUGAUAUUUUUGCAAACUCAGAGAAGCUUCUCUUCAUAAUUGAUGGUCUUGAUGAAUUCAAAUUUUCUUUAGAACAGAAAGGAGAAUAUUUAAGCAUUGAUCCCAGUCAAAAGAAACCUGUGGAAGUCCUGCUUAACAGUUUAGUUAGGAAAAAUAUUCUUCCUAAAUCCUAUUUAAUAAUCACUACAAGGCCAAUUGCUUUAGAGCAGCUGCAGGAAUAUCUGAAAUAUCCCCGUUAUGUAGAGAUCUUGGGAUUUUCUGAGAAGGACAGAGAAGAGUAUUUCCACAAGUUCUUUGGGCGUAAGUGGCAAGCUGUGCAAGCAUUUGGGUUUGUGAAAGCAAAUGAAAUGCUCUUCACAAUGUGCUUUGUUCCCAUUGUAUGUUGGAUCAUCUGCACUGUGAUGAAGCAACAGCUGGAUAGAGGUGAAGAUCUUGCACAUAUGUCAAAAACAACCACUUCAGUAUACAUGUUCUAUUUAACCAGUUUACUCCGAGAUCACAACACUGUGUCAGAAAGUGGCAAAAAUUUCCAUCAAUUGUGCCUCUUAGCCAGAGAAGGUGUCUUAGCAAGAAGAAUACUCUUUGAAGAGGAUGAUCUUCAGAAGUAUGGCUUAACUGAGACUGAUAUCCAGUCACUUUUCCUUCACAAGAGUCUUUUCCAGCAAGACAUUGAUUGCCAGUCUGCCUAUAGCUUCAUCCAUUUAACUUUCCAAGAGUUUUUUGCAGCCUUGUCCUAUGUGCUGGAGGAAAGAUUGGAAAAUACCCAAGAAUCAGUGUCUCACCAUGAAGAUGUGAGAAAGUUGCUGAAAGAUUUUGGAGAGGGUGGGAAGGAGUAUUUAAUGCUGACAGUGCGCUUUCUCUUUGGUCUCUUAAAUGAAGAAAGAAAAAAAAGCAUAGAGAAAAUUUUAAGCUGCAAAAUUGGGUCAACUGCAAAACAAGUGCUUUUAGAGUGGGUUGAAGCUGAGAUUGCUUCAAAGAACUUUCAGAAGCACCUGGAGAUAUUCUGCUGCUUGUAUGAAAUUCAGGAAGAAGAGUUUGUGGGAAGAGCAAUGGAUCACUUCCAAGAGAUCAAGCUGUAUGACAGUUGCCUAGUGAACACCUUCAACUCUUUGGUUAUUUCGUUCUGCCUGAGACACUGCCGAAGGGAACAGUCACUCCAUCUUGGAUAUCUGUUGUUUUUAUCCAGGUUCAAGAGAUGUAAUCUCAGAGAUACAUCCUUGGAGAUUCUUGCCUCUGUCCUCACUAUAAAUCAGCACCUCAGAGAAUUCAACUUACUGUAUAGUGACCUAGGAGAAGAGGGAGUGACAAAACUCUGCCAAGCACUCAUCCACCCCAACUGCAAAUUGCAGAUACUUCGGUUGCGUUGCUGUAACCUCAGAUCUAAGUCAUGUGAGAAGAUAGCGUCUGUUGUUCCUCUAAACCAGAGCCUCAGAGAACUCCAUUUGGACCAUAAUGAUAUAGGCGAUGCUGGGGUAGCAAAACUCUGCCAAAUGCUGGUGCAUCCAGAAUGCAAACUGCAGGUACUAAGCUUGAAUAGCUGUAGUAUCACUGCUGUCUGCUGUGCAGAUCUUGCUUCUGUACUCUGUAGCAACCAAACCUUGGCAGAGCUGUCUUUAGCCCAGAAUGACAGGAUGGGAGAGGCUGGUGUGCAGCUCUUAUGUGAAAGCCUGCUACAUCCAAAUUGUAAACUAGAAACUUUAAGACUGGAUUCCUGUGAACUAACUGAAGCAUCUUGGGAGUAUCUUUGUGCAGCUCUCAGGACAAACCAGUCUCUACGAGAACUUGACUUAUACAAUAACGAAGACCUGAAGAGGUACGUGAAAGCUGAAAAAUACAGCAGGAUAAAAGAAGUGAAGCAGCAGAACCACAGAAUUCAAAUAUGCCUAUAG